GAUAUUUUCGCUUUAGUUAGUUAUUGAACGGCUCUCGGUUAAUUAACUCAUCACGUCCACGUCGUCGUUUCGCAGUGCAAACGCAGAGAAAACCCGAGAGGCUCCAGUGGCACACCCUCCAAGGAUAGAAGUGGAGUGAAAUUUCAACAAAAGCGAAAGUCCAGCUCGGAUUCAGUAUCUACUUGCUCAGUUCAUUGGUGUCCGGUUCUCGCGCCAAAUUCAUUACAAACGAUGGAGGAUGAGGAACAGAGGCUUAUCAUCAUGCGCAAGGCAUUCCAGAUGUUCGAUACGACGAAGUGUGGCUUCAUCGACACGGUCAAAAUCUCCACCAUUCUGAACACCUUGGGCCAACAGUUCGAUGAGGGUGAGCUGCAGUCCUUGAUUAACGAGGAAGAUCCAGAAGAAACGGGACGAGUGAACUUCGAUCAAUUCGCAAACAUCGCCUCCAACUUCCUGGUAGAAGACGAGGAUGCCGAGGCCAUGCAACAGGAAUUGAAAGAAGCCUUCAGAUUGUACGAUCGCGAGGGUAACGGUUACAUCACCACCAGCACACUGAAGGAGAUCCUUGGUGCCCUGGACGAUAAGCUAACAAAUGACGAUUUGGAUGGCAUGAUCAAUGAAAUUGAUGCUGACGGUUCGGGAACCGUUGAUUUUGAGGAAUUCAUGGAGAUGAUGACCGGAGAAUAAGCUCUUACUUUAACCAAAGUUGUUCCCCAACACGAUUCACACCAUUGCCAGCGAAGAGAGUUGCGAAAAACAAAAAACAAAAUCAGCGACAUCAUAGCAUUAGUAGCGAUUUCCAACAAUAAAAAUAUUCAACCGAUUUUCUCUGCUUGGUCACCAAUAUCAACAUCAUCAAUUGCACUCCAGCUGGGGCGUCACUCACGUAUCACUGCUUGGAAUUCAAUAUGAGGUUUCCAAGCGACUACCCGAGGCAUAUUA